GGUUCUCUGGAGGAUCAGGUCAUUGCAGCCAAUCCCUUGCUGGAGGCCUAUGGCAAUGCCAAGACUGUGAGGAAUGACAACUCCUCUUGCUUUGUAAGUUUUAAAUCCUAUUCAUUGGUGAAUUAACGUCAGUACAUUUGAUGGACAUGAUUUACAAUCUAAUUUAAUGUAACUCUUCCCAAUAGGGUAAAUUAAUCAGAAUCCAUUUCAACACUGCUGGAAAACUGUCUAGUGCUGACAUCGAAACAUAUAUAAGUACAUGAAUUCCAUACUAUAACAAAUAUCUGAAAGAAUGACAAUAUAUCAGGAUGAUUGUAAUUGUUAACUUCUUACAGAUCCGCUGGAGAGGUCCUGAGUGUCAUUCCAGCUUCCUGAUGAUAGAGGCUACCACAUCUACUAGAUGAUGACCAACCACAAGCCUGAGCUGAUUGGUAGGCUUCAUUUGAUAUGUUUAUAAUGAUAAUGAAAAUACUUAAAUACCAUGUUUCCCUCCCAGAAAUGAUGCUCAUCACCACGAAUCCUUAUGAUUUCCCCAUGAUCAGCCAGGGUCAGAUCACUGUGGCCAGUAUUGAUGACAAGGAUGAGCUUGUGGCCACAGAUGUGAGUAUACAGUGCCUUCAGAAAGUAUUCAUACCCCUUGACUUAUUCCACAUUUUGUUGUGUUACAGCCUGAAUUCAAAAUGGAUUCAAAAAUUAUAAUUCUCAUUCUCACCCAUCUACACAUAAUACCCCAUAAUGACAAAGUGAAAAGUUUAAUUUUUGCUAAUUUAUUGAAAAAUGUACAUAAGUAUUCACACCCCUGAGUCAAUACUUUGUAGAAGCACCUUUGGCAGCGAUUACAGCUGUCAGUCUUUCUGGGUAAGUCUCUAAGAGCUUUCCACACCUGGAUUGUGCAACAUUUGCCCAGUAUUAUUUUCAGAAUUCUUCAACCUCUGUCAAAUUUGUUGUUGAUCAUUGCUAGACAGCCAUUUUCAGGUCUUGCCAUAGGUGUUCAAGUAGAUUUAAGUAAAAACUGUAACUCGGCCACUCAGGAACAUUCACUGUCUUCUUGGUAAGCAACUCCAGCGUAGAUUUGGCCUUGUGUUUUACAUUAUUGUCCUGCUGAAAGGUGAAUUCAUCACCCAGUGUCUGGUGGAAAGCAGACUGAACCAGGUUUUCCUCUAAGAUUUUGCCUGUGCUUAGUUCCAUUCCAUAUCUUUUUUAUCCUGAAAAAUUCCCCAGUCCUUAACGAUUACAAGCAUACCCAUAAAAUGAAGCAGCCACCCCUAUGCUUGAAAAUAUGGAGAGUGGUACUCAGUAAUGUGUUGUAUUGGAUUUUCCCCAAACAUAACACUUUGUAUUCAGGACAAAAAGCUAAUUGCUUGCCUCAUUUUUUGCAGUAUUACUUUACUGCCUUGUUGCAAACAGGAUGCAUGUUAUGGAAUAUUUUAUUCUGUACAGGCUUCCUUCUUUUCACUCAGUCAAUUGGGUUAAUAUUGUGGAGUAACUACAAUGUUGUUGAACCAUCCUCAGUGUUCUCCUAUCACAGCCAGUAAACUCUGUAAAUGUUUUAAAUUCACCAGUGGCCUCAUGAUGAAAUCCCUGAGUAGUUUAUUUCCUCUCCGGCAACUGAGUUAGGAAGGACACCUGUAUCUUUGUAGUGACUGGGUGUAUUGAUACACCAUCCAAAGUGUAAUUAAUAAAUUCACUAUGCUCAAAGGGAUUUUCAAUGUCAGCUUUUUAAAUUUUUACCCAUCUACCAAUAGGCUCUCUUCUUUGUGAGGUAUUGGAAAACCUCCCUGGUCUUUGUGGUUGAAUCUGUGUUUGAAAUUCACUGCUCGACUGUGGGGUACAGAAAUUAGGUAGUCAUAAAAAAAUUAUGUUAAACACUAUUAUUGCAACUUAUUAUGUGACUUGUUAAGCAAAUUUUUUUUGCCAUAACAAAGGGGUUGAAUACUUAUUGACUUAAGACAUUUCAGAUGUACAUUUUUUAUUAAUUUGUUUACAAAAAAAUGAAAAACAUAAUUCCACUUUGACAUUAUGGGGUAUUGUGUGUAGGCCAGUGACCAAGAAAUCUCAAUUUAAUCCAUUUUGUGGAAAAAGUCAAGGGGUGCGAAUACUUUCUGAAGGCAUUGUAUAUGAAAAUACAUAAUCUAUCCAAUACUAAUGUAUUUCCUUAUUAAUGUCAUAAUUACUUUACUAUACAGACUGCAAUUGACAUUCUGGGCUUCAGCAAUGAUGAGAAAAUGGGCAUCUACAAGCUGACUGGUGCUGUGAUGCACCAUGGUAACAUGCGCUUCAAGCAGAAGCAGCUUGAGGAGCAGGCUGAGCCUGAUGGCACUGAGGGUGAGUUCAAAGAAAUAUUCAGCAGUGUUAACUAUAAUACAUGA